GUUCGUGAAAAAAUGACUUUGGUUUAGUUCUUCUCCAAUCUCCAUUUAUUUGACAUUGAUGACAGAUGUGACAGAAGCAAACUGCCCAAACACUGUCCGAAAAUUGUUGAAAAAUGGAAUUUAAACAAUUUUAUUUACGAUAUUAACAUAAAUUACGGCAUAUUUAACAUUCGAAGACACUUUUUGUUGUUUUGGUUUGGAAUACCGUAACAUGGCUGAUAAACUAAAGAAUAUUCCGGAGCAAAAGCUAAAAGCUUUUUCAAUCGGAACUAUGGGGAAAAGGAACCUUUCCAAAAGAGAAUUAGAAGAACAACGAAAAAGAGAGGAAGAGGAAGCUGCCGCUCAUGUAUUUCAAGAAUUCGUCGAAACCUUUCAAGAAGCUCCUAUUAACGGCAGUUCUAAGGUCUGGGUCAAAGCCGGAACAUAUGAUGCAGGGGCUAGACGAGAAGACACAAAAGAUAAGGGUAAAUUGUACAAACCAACCUCUAGAAUAACUCCUGCUCAAGAACAGAUGAGCUCUGCUGAACGAGCCCAAGCCUAUGCUAAACUGUUAUCUAAUGAUAGAAAGCCUGAGAGACUAGGAAAAAAGAAGCCUUCACAAAAAAGCAAUUUAGAAUCUUUUAUGGAAGAACUCAGACAAAUACAAGAAGAAAGGGAGGAACGACAAAAGUACAAAGGUGCUGUUAGAACACCAAUUGAAAAUGAACUGGACAUGUUGAUGCGAAGUGGAGACAUUGGUUCAUUUGAUAACGGUGAUCCUAACACAACAAAUUUAUAUUUAGGAAACCUAAAUCCAAAGAUUACAGAACAACAACUCAUGGAGCUAUUUGGGAGAUACGGACCACUAGCCAGCAUUAAAAUCAUGUGGCCCAGAUCAGAUGAAGAAAAAGCCAGAGGCAGAAACUGCGGUUUCGUAGCGUACAUGGCGAGGAAAGAUGGUGAACGUGCUUUAAAAAAUCUAAACGGAAAAGACAUCCAUGGCUACGAAAUGAAACUUGGUUGGGGCAAGGCUGUAAUAAUACCGCCUCAUCCUAUAUACAUUCCUCCCGUUUUGCUAGAGAUUGCCCAACCUCCACCUCCAUCGGGACUGCCGUUUAACGCGCAACCCGCCGCUAAAGACAAGGAAGUGCUUCCCAAGUCUCAAGAGGAGCUGAACGAGAUUCUCAGCAGAGCUGUAGUCAAAGUUGUAAUACCAACAGAUCGAAAUUUAUUAAUGUUAAUUCAUAGAAUGGUUGAAUUUGUUGUCAGAGAAGGUCCCAUGUUUGAGGCCAUGAUUAUGAAUAGGGAAAUUAAUAAUCCACAGUUUAGAUUUUUAUUUGAAAAUCAAAGUCCUGCACAUACUUACUAUAGGUGGAAAGUUUAUUCCAUUUUACAUGGCGAUUCUCAAAAGGAGUGGGGUCCUAAGGAAUUCAAAAUGUUUAAAAAUGGAUCUAUAUGGAAACCACCUAUUAUGAAUUGUUACACGACUGGAAUGCCUGAUGAGUUAGUCAGAGAAGACGAGGCUAAAGAGAAUUCAAAGGGCAGCUUGUCAAAUUCUCAGAGAGACAGGUUAGAAGACUUAAUUAGACAGUUAACUCCUGAAAAGAGCAAAAUCGGCGAAGUAAUGGUAUUCUGUAUAGAGCACAGUGAAGCGGCUGAUGAAAUCGUAGAUUGCAUAGCAGAAUCACUGGCCAAUGAAAACACUGCUUUGACCAAAAAGAUAGCAAGGUUAUAUUUAAUAUCUGACAUUUUGCACAACUGUCAGGUUAAAGUCACGAAAGCUUCCUUCUUUAGAAAAGCGUUCGAAAAUAGAUUGUUGGAUAUAUUUAAAUAUGUUAAAGAAUCUUAUGACAAAUUAGAGGGCAGAUUGCAGGCAGACGGUCUGAAAGUAAGGAUUUUAAGAACUUUAAAAGCUUGGGAAGACACAAUUUACCCUAAGGACUUUAUGAACAAAUUGAACAACACUUUCCUUGGACUUCCCGACAUAGUGGAAGAAACUGUUAGCACUAAAGAUGCAGCAGAAGAUAUUGAUGGCAAUCCUCUAGACACUCUAGAUUCCGAUGACGAUACACCCAUGGAUGGUGCUGCACUUUUAAAGGCUACAAUGAUGCAGUAUGAGAGUGCUGGUUCUGGAGAUGAAUUAGACAUUGAUGGUAAAGAAAUAAAGGACGAUCUACCAAGAAAAGAUUCCGGUUUAACUGGCUUUAUAGCUUCCAAAUGGGAAACUGUAGAUCCAGAACAAGUUGAAGCACAGGCAAUGACAACAAGCAAAUGGGACAUGUUAGAAAAUAGUCAAGAUGCUAGUCGAGAAAGCAGUUCAAAUGAAAAUCAAGAUUAUUCUGAUUACUCCGAUGUGAGAAACAUGACUGAAGAAAAAAGACAACAACUGCGUGAAAUUGAGGUAAAAGCAGUACAGUAUCAAGACGAGCUUGAAUCUGGACAAAGACAGUUAAAAAGCGGAUGGACUCUGCCACAACAAGUUGAACAUUAUAGGCGGAAGUUACUUAGAAAAUCCGAGAAAGUCAAGAAGGAGAAAGAGAAGACACCAAAGAGUGAAAGGCACAAAAGAGACUUCGAAAAAAGUGAAAGGAGAACUGCUGGUGAUAGUUCCGAUGAUGAGGCUUAUUACAAGGAACUUACUUCUAGAAAAAGUAAAAAACAUGCACGAAGUUCAUCAAGUGGUUCAACCUCCAGGCACAGAUCAAAAAGUCGUUCGCCGUCCCGAAAAAAGAGCUCCAGAGCUCUCAGUCCGCCGAGUCCCCCAAGGAUAAGAAGACAUUCUCCCGGUUCUUCCCGUUCCUCCCGUAAAAAUAAGGACUCCCUGUCUCCUACCGGCUCCAACGGUAAAUACUCGCCCAAAAGACAUAGAGUGUCUUCUCCCAGUCCCCCACCCCCACCCAGCAGGAGCAGCAAGCAUAGUCGGCGGUCCACGAGCCCCAUAAGAAGUCGACAUGCUAGCCCUCCUUCCAUCAGAUCCAAAUACCACUCCCCAGAACCUUCCAGCAGAAAGCACAGACACAAACAUAAACACUAGUGAAUGUAUUAUAGUGUGAAAUUGAUAUUUUUGUUUAUCUUUGUACAUAAAUGCAAUACACCUUUUUUUAAAUAUGCAUUUUGUUUAAUUGUAUUAUUUGAUUCUAUUUUAUAGAAAUGGUACCCUAUUGUGUACAUACCAUUUGUAUUGUGUUUUACAAAUUGAAU